GGCCCGGGAGGGGACAAAAGCCGAAAGGGUGCUCCGUGGAGACCCGCCCUCAGGUCCUUGGUCUGCACCCGUGUUCGAAGCUGGGGCGCCGGCUUGGUAGGGACUGUCCGAGUGCGUGCGUGAGAGAACGUGUGUGUGUCGUGGCCGCCUACCUGCUCGCCUCAGGCCUCACCGGGAGGUCUAUUGUCGGUAAAAAUGUCCGGAAAAAUCCAUGGCGGUUCUGUAGUAGAGAUGCAAGGAGAUGAAAUGACACGAAUCAUUUGGGAAUUGAUUAAAGAAAAACUUAUUUUCCCCUAUGUGGAACUGGAUCUGCAUAGCUAUGACUUAGGUAUAGAGAAUCGGGAUGCCACCCAAGACCAAGUCACCAAGGAUGCUGCCGAAGCUAUAAAGAAGUACAACGUUGGUGUCAAGUGUGCCACCAUCACCCCCGACGAGAAGAGGGUUGAGGAGUUCAAGUUGAAACAAAUGUGGAAAUCACCCAAUGGCACCAUCCGAAAUAUUCUGGGUGGCACCGUCUUCCGAGAAGCUAUUAUCUGUAAAAAUAUCCCCCGCCUUGUGACUGGAUGGGUAAAACCCAUCAUCAUAGGUCGCCAUGCCUAUGGGGAUCAAUACAGAGCAACUGAUUUUGUUGUUCCUGGGCCUGGGAAGGUAGAGAUAACCUACACACCAAGCGAUGGAAGCCAGAAGGCAAUGACAUACCUGGUCCAUAACUUUGAAGAGGGUGGCGGAGUCGCCAUGGGGAUGUACAAUCAAGAUAAGUCCAUUGAAGACUUUGCCCACAGUUCCUUCCAAAUGGCUCUGUCUAAGGGUUGGCCUCUGUAUCUAAGCACCAAAAACACUAUUCUGAAGAAGUAUGAUGGACGCUUUAAAGACAUCUUUCAGGAGAUAUAUGACAAGCAGUACAAAUCGCAGUUUGAAGCCCAGAAGAUUUGGUACGAGCACAGGCUCAUCGAUGAUAUGGUGGCCCAAGCUAUGAAGUCAGAGGGAGGCUUCAUCUGGGCCUGUAAGAACUACGAUGGCGACGUACAGUCGGAUUCUGUGGCCCAAGGUUAUGGCUCCCUUGGCAUGAUGACCAGCGUGCUGGUUUGUCCAGACGGCAAGACAGUGGAAGCCGAGGCUGCCCAUGGAACUGUAACACGCCACUAUCGCAUGUACCAGAAGGGACAGGAGACCUCCACCAACCCUAUUGCUUCCAUUUUUGCCUGGACCAGAGGGUUGGCCCACAGAGCGAAGCUUGAUAACAAUAAGGAACUUGGCUUGUUUGCAAAAGCUUUAGAAGAAGUCUGCAUUGAGACCAUUGAGGCUGGCUUCAUGACCAAGGACUUGGCUGCUUGCAUUAAAGGUUUACCCAAUGUGCAACGUUCUGACUACUUGAAUACCUUUGAGUUCAUGGACAAACUUGGAGAAAACUUGAAGAUAAAACUAGCUCAGGCCAAACUUUAAGGUCGUACCUGGGCUUAGGAGGAUACCCGUUUUUGGUGACUAGGUCCACAGGUUUACAUUUUUUGUAUAACACUCAAGGAUAUAAAAACAAAGUCAAUUUUGUAAUUUGUUUAGACACCAGAGUUGAUCUUUUCUAUAAGUUUAUAGCCUUUUUCUUAUACAGUUAUUGCCACCUUUGUGAAUAUGGCAGGGAACUUUUUUUUUAAUUGUAUUUUAUUUUCUAGUAGCAGCCUAGGAAUUAUUUUAGUAUUCAUUCCUGUUUAUUAUCACUCUCCAUGUUUCAGUGUAAAUGACCAAAAAUCAAGAGAGCUCAAAAGGUUGCCCUUUUUGAGUAACCUUUGGGAACAAUAGCCACAGUAUUGUUUCCUAAAAGCCACGUAAAGUAGAAAUUUGCUCCCUUCCCUCCUCCCCCUGAGCACAGGCACUGGGAGGUUUUGUGUUACACACGUCCGGUUACGUGAGGGAGAGCUGUACCCUGCGUUUACCAUGAUUGGGACAAAGAGUGUGAGCAGAACUCAAAUGUGUUGAGGACCCUGCAGUUGUUUUUGUGAAGAACUUGUUGAAUGUGUCCAGUAUGCUGAAUAUUUUUGACGCCACUAGGGAGUUCAGAAUCCAGAGAAAAUAUUGGCUAGAGCUUUGUCCUCUGUGUUUCUCUCUUCCUAUUCCUGGCCGGACCUGUGUAUUAUGCUACCCUAAAUAGCAUAUUCCAUCCACGUGCAAUAAUGUAAGCUGCACCAUUUUUGGACUUCCUCUGGCAUAUGUCCUUUCUUUUAUGUAAAGUUGAUUUCCCAGUUGAUAUUAAACACUAUUCUAGUCCUGUUCUUCAUCUGAACUGUUAAUUGUAAUUAAAAUGAUGUGCUAAUCACUCUU